UGGCAUCUCUCUGUAAGUGCGGGGUCACACGAGUGUCCUUUAAAAGCAGCAAUUCCUCCGACUGUUUCCAGGGGGCAGAUCAUCUUUUGUGUUUCUCUUCUGGUUACUUUGCAGCGGACUUCUCGCAGUCGAGCGUUGCCGGGGCUUCAGUGCAGGAUCGCCCGGGAUGCGGGACGCAGCGUCCUGCUCCGACAUGGACGCGCGAUCGUGGUGGUUUAUCGGGGAAAACGAGCGCUCGAUCAGGACUCAAUCGCGUUCAUUUGCAUGAAUAAAUCGUCCAGAGGUAUGGCCCGAUCGUUUGUGGACGUUUUCUCGGCGAGUGGUCGGACGAAGCCUUUCCGAUCGAUUUAAAAAACAUAGUAAGAUGGCAGCUGUGUUUUGAAACAAAGUAUCGCUCGGAUGAUGUAAUGUUACACUGUAUCACGCUCGCAUCGCGAUGUAACAAAUUCUGACGCUUGAUGUUACAUUCGUGUUGCUUUAAACCGCGGAAGCUGCAUUUGCUGGGUUGCUCUGUGGUAAAAUCGAGACUUUUCUGAGUCGGGUUUGCAUAUUCACGGUCGUAUUUCUCGAGAUUGCGAGGCUUAAAGUAUCACCGAGAACGAUAGAUCAUUCAAACCAGCCAAAUGGAAGCGCGAGUCGUAUACAAAUGUGUGGAUCUGUAUGCUGUACGUGGACAUACAUAAUGCAUGUGAAUGCAUUUUAAAAUUUAAACUCAGAUGUUUUAGCAGUGCCCCGUACUGAAAUGUGCACCGUAGAAGUGAUCCAUUAAUGGCAUGCAUGAAGACACAGCUACUGUGUCCACAAAAGCCGUUCGUACAUCAUUUCAAUGAGUCGAGGAAAUAUGGCAGAUGAAUCUUUUGAGGAGAACCCCUAUGAUGCGGACGACAUAGACCCUGAUUUCGAGCCCAAAAAAAGGCCGAGAUCUUGCACGUGGCCUCCGCCCAGACCCGAGUCCAAUGCGGGGAAAGCGGAACCGGCCGAGGUGGGCAUCAUUCCUGAGGAGGAGGAGGAGGAGGAGGAAAAUGGCAUUGAAGCUCGUGCGUCUGGUGACAAUACGGACGCGUCAAAGUCAGCCAACACUGAAGCCCACGAGCACCAGAGCACUGCUACCCCUGUCCUACAAACCAGUGUUGAUAUCAACUCUAGAGACGCGAACGGGUCUCCAAUCUCUUCCCAGCAGGCGCUGACCUCCGGCACCGGUGGUCUGCUUCCUCAGCAGCCCCGAAAGUCAUCUGCCCGCAGAAACGCCUGGGGAAACUAUUCCUACGCAGACCUCAUCACACAAGCCAUCGAGAGCUCGCCCGAGCAGAGACUGACGUUGGCCCAGAUCUAUGAUUGGAUGGUCCGAAAUGUGCCAUACUUCAAGGACAAAGGUGACAGCAACAGCUCUGCGGGGUGGAAGAACUCCAUUCGACAUAACCUGUCUCUCCAUAGUCGCUUUGUCCGGAUCCAGAAUGAAGGAACGGGAAAGAGUUCAUGGUGGAUGGUCAACCCAGAUGGUGGGAAAGGGGGCAAAGCUCCACGAAGACGUGCCGUUUCCAUGGACAACAGUAACAAGCUCAUCAAGAGCGCCCGUGGCCGUGCCGCCAAAAAGAAGGCCGCUCUACAGGCCACUCAGGACGGAAGCUCAGAGAGUUCGUCAAGCCUGUCCAAAUGGACUGGCAGCCCGACAUCCCGUAGCAGCGACGAGCUUGACGCCUGGACAGACUUCCGUUCUCGUACCAAUUCCAACGCCAGCACCCUAAGUGGGCGCCUCUCCCCAAUUCUGGCUAACCUCGAGGUGGACGAAGUUCCCGAUGAGGACGCUCAGCUGUCGCCCAUGCUGUACUCCAGCCCCAGUAGUAUGUCUCCGUCCACAGGCCUGACCGAGCUGCCCCGGCUGGCUGACCUUGCGGAAACCAUGAACCUCAACGAUGGCCUCUCUGACAACGUGAUGGACGACCUUCUAGAUAACAUCAGCUUGACGGCGUCCCAGUCUCCAGGUCAGGAUGAGAACCUACAGGAAAGCCCAGUGUUUACCUUCAGCUGCUCUGGGAGCAGUCUGGCAAUUCCGUCCGGCAGCUAUGGCUCGAACUCCAUGUUCAGUCCUCCGUCCGUCACUGGCCUGAGGCAGUCUCCAAUGCAAACCAUCCAGGAGAACAAGCAGGCUACGUUUUCCUGCGGUUCCCUCUUUAGUGAGCAAAGCCUGCAGGACUUGCUCAGCUGCGAGUCUCAUGGUCGCACCGAUGUCCUUCUUACCCAUUCUGAUCCGCUAAUGUCACAGGCCAGCGCCUCCCUUCCCUCUCAGAAUCCCCGUCGCACUGCCCUUUUGCUGCGUAACGACCCCAUGAUGUCCAACCAGGCUGGGCCCGGUGGACAGACGGACCACAAGAAGGCGUCGCCAUCUGGAUGGCGGCUGAACAUCGGCUCGAGUGGCGAGGCCGACUACCAAAGCCUGACCAAGCAACAUCUCCAACAGUCUCCCUUUAGAAGCACAUCUAUGCAGCUCAACUCGGAUGCGUUGUUGGCAGGUCUCAACGGCAGCGUGACCAGCGUUCAAGCGGCGCCUCAGGACCGAUUCCCUUCCGACUUGGAUCUUGAAGUGUUAAGCGGCAGUCUCGAUUGCGAUAUGGACACCAUCAUCCGCAAUGAUCUGAUGGACGCCGAUGGCCUGGAGUUCAGCUUUGAUUCGCAUCUCAUCUCUUCUCAGAAUGCUAACCUGACUUCAGAUAGCUUCUCCAAUACCAAACGAACCUCCGCUCAAAGCUGGGUACCAGGUUUAUAAGUCCCAAGAAUGUAGUGACGGGCCAGAAUGCAGCCUUUUUGCCAACUGUCCACUUUACACAACUGUACAUUGUUAUGGAAAGCUAUUUAACAUCUAUUGGAACAAGUCAGAGUCAUCUCCAAUGACUAAUACAGUUGGCGGGGUUAUAUUUUGUGACGGUAUGUUUUGUAUUGUCAUAAAUGAUGCUUGUUUGAUGGACGUAUAUAGAGUUUCAUCCAAUUUUUUCAGUUUUAUCUCAUCACCAAUAAGAAAGUAUUGAACUCAGCUGCUCGAGGAGCUCCGUAGAGAGAAGGAUGUCUUUUUAUGAAGGCUUGACCGUUAGUCAACUUUAGAAAUUACCCCAUAAAUCUUUAUUGUAGAAUGGCACCACUUCGUAUUAGAACGGCACGUUUGCCAAUCCCCACGUGUUGCCCCGUGUCCUUGUAAACACUCGUAACGAAACAAAGGAUUUUCAUUCUCUAACCGUUUAAAUUCUAGUACGUAGGUGCUUUGUUGUGAGUUGUCGUAGCCGUGAUCGAGGUUUCUAGUCCUCACGUUGAAACAAACACUUGCCUUUUGCCAAACCGGUCCUCGGGACAGUUUCAUCAAUGGCCUGUUUACAACACAAAUUCUCAAGAAUGUUUUCCAAUGGCAACAGGAAGUGGCUCUAUAUCCAAUGAUCUUUUUGUGAAACUGGAAAAGGGAAGGGGGUUGUGUUUCGUGAAACCAGUGAUCCUGAUGUAUCCUUGAUCCUUUUACGGAAAAGUGAAUUAUGAUACGAUGAUAAGCUAUGUAUUUAAUGUUCUGCUGUAUGAAGCUAGUUUGUCUGUGUUUUCCACGAAGUUCCCAACGAAAGCUUUGUGUGCGUUCGUCCUGCUCGAUACGAGCAUCUCCCUCUAAACCACGUUCACUUCCGACGUUUUAGAAUUAUGAUAAGUUAUAUAUUUAUACUCCUCACAAAUAUAGAGCCUUUUCGGCACGGAUUGCUUGCUGUGGCGUUACGAAUGCUUUCGCGAACGAAUAAAUGUUUGCAAUUCUUUGAAAUUUGCAUGAAUUUUUUCAAUUUGUUUGUAAGACCAUUCUUGUGUAUAAUGCGUAUAUUGUUUGUAAGACCGUUGCAUUGGAUACUGGUAGUGUUUGUGUAUGUAUGCUGUAUAUGGAUAAACACGCAUGCAUGCAACAGUUUACGUAAGAAUGGUUUCUGCUCUUGUUUCAUGAACGUGGCCCUAGAGUUUGUGUACAUAUACAGUGUAUGCACAUAUAUUGAGAUUUGUUAUAGAGAUAUAGAUAUACUGGAAAACUGAUCAAAUAAGGACUACUUGAUGUUUGCGUAUUUGUAGCAAGAAAGCAAGCUAAGAAAGUGUUUGGUGCUAAAUUGCGUCGGGUCAUUCAUACGUAAGAGAUGGUAGCGUAUAGCCGUUUCAUCUGUGGUGGCAUUAUGUUUAAAGCAUUAUUUGAAAACGAAAUGCACCGUUGUAGAAUUGUAAGCUUAUCUUCAGAAGGAAGCUGUGAUGUACUGUAUUUCACCAGUUUUCUUGAUAAUGCCAGACGACCAAAUGUGAGGCUGAUAAACAACGUCACUAUUUUGUUUUACAUUUUAAUAGUGCCAUUCAGGGACAGGAGUUCUUUUUUAUACUUGCUGAGGAUUCAGUAAUGUUAUUUUAACAUCACGGUUGAAUGUAUGUUUGUUAAAGGAAGACGUUUUCAUAAGCACUGAUUUUUAUAAUCUGCUUUUUAUAAUCGGAAGAUGACUAUAAAAAGCUGAUUGUUUUUAUCUUUCUUUCUGUAAAUGAUGUCAUCCCUUCUCAGUGUGAUGCUUUCGUUACUUUAGUUUUAAGCUUGAGAAAUCACCACAUGUAAUGUUAUUGUUUUGUUGGAGUUGGACGGCUUACAGAGUAUCUAUCACCUUUAAAAAACAAAUGCUGAAAUUUAACUCGGUCCUAAAUGAAUUUCAGUCUUAAAGAAAGAACAUCACUUAAAUUGGUUAAAACAAAAUAUAGGAACUAACUCGCACCCCAAUUGGCCAUGUGUAAGCAAUAGAUGUUAGCUUGACUUUACCUGUGUAUUUCCAUUUUGGAUCAUGUAAAUUAGGGCGUGCAGAACAAGGUGCAUGUAAAUAAAGCUUGUACA